GCGCAAAGAUUGUCCAGUGUGUCAGAAGUUUCGCAAAACCCCACAGAUACCCAGGAUGGCAGACCUACCUCCUGCCAGACUACGUCUAUUUAAACCUGCCUUCUAUUCGACUGGCAUUGACUGUUUCGGGCCAUAUUCCGUAAAGAUUGGACGUAAAAGUGAGAAGCGCUGGGGUAUUCUAUUCAAGUGCAUGACUACACGUGCUGUGUAUAUUGAUCUUCUCCCAAGAAUUGACACCGACUCCUUCCUGAUGGCCCUCAGAAGAUUUAUAGCCAGACGUGGGAAACCUUUUGAGGUUUUAUGUGAUCAAGGUACUAAUUUUAAAGGAGGGGAAAGGGAGUUGCAUCAGACAUAUGCUGAACUAGUUCCGGAGCUUCAGGAACAACUUGCCAGUCAGCAGAUUAUCUUUCGAUUCAACCCGCCUCAUGCCCCACAUUUCGGUGGGUGUUGGGAAAGGGAAAUUCGUUCCCUGAAACAGGCUCUACAGGUCACUCUGGGAACUCAACCAAUACCAGAGGAAACCCUUCAAACUGUGCUCAUCGAGAUUGAAGGGAUUCUAAAUUCUAAACCCCUGGGUUAUACAUCAUCCAAUGCCUCUGAUCCAGAUCCUAUUACUCCUAAUUCGCUUCUUAUGGGGCGGCCUGAUUCGUCCCUUCCUCAAGUGAUGUACCCCCAAAGUGAACUGUUGAGUCGACGUCGUUGGCGCCAUAGCCAAAUUAUAGCAGAUCACUUUUGGAAGCGGUUUAUCAAGUUCUAUUUGCCUGGUCUUCAGACUCGCAACAAGUGGCAGCGAGAGUCACCCGAUAUCAAGGUGGGAACUACUGUUAUGAUUGUGGACCCUCAAUUUCCCAGGGCCCUAUGGCCCAUUGGUCAGAUCUCUCAAGUAUUCCCUGGGUUUGACAAUAGAAUCAGGACUGUUGAAGUGAAAGUUAAGGACAAGUCUUAUGUGCGACCUGUGGCAAAGGUUGUACAGCUACCUGCGAUACCAGAUUGAAAUGGACUUGCCUUUUUAUAAUGUACAGAUUUCCACAUUCUUUAGAAAUCUGGGGGCGGCUGUUAAAAAGGCCCGCUGUAAACAAGCUUUUAUUUUGAAGUUUUCUGGUGAUCAGCCAGUGUUUGAAUGUGAUGUCAUCGCAGCAACCUAAAGACACUAUGCUCCGCCCAUUUCCAGCAGGUGGCAAUGAUUAGUGUUUGGUAGAAAUAGCCUGCACCAAGUAGGUGAAAGCAAAUGUGCUCGAGGCUUUCUCAAGUGUUGGUGUUGUGUGCGUAUGUUAGAUGAACCAAACCACACCCAGAUGGAAACAACACCAAUGUAAUAUCUGCAACAUUUGUGAAUUGUUGUGAAGAAAAUAAAUGCAUCAAAGACUUAACCUGCAUCUUUAUGUCUCUUACCGGACAUCUGUGGUGAACUAGUCCCCCCACUGGCAACCCCAACUGGUCUA